AGUGACCCAUUAAUAACGGAAGGGCGGAGACGGUUUUUCAUUCUUCAGAGUUCAUCUUGACUUGAACAGCUAUGAGAAUUGAGAAAAAGCAAAAGUGUUUCAAAUCUCUAGGCUUUUCCAUAGUUUUACUCCUUCCGAACCCUUUUUUACCUUCAACGUCAGAACCCCAUAAAGUUUUACGCCAGUUCGGAUCAAUCUUCCUGACAGACUUGAAGCUCUGCAACGCCCUUAGUGAUGGGAUUGAAGGAUUUUACUCGAAAGCUCAAGGCAUUCCGGCUUAGACGAUUUCUCAAAGGAAAUUCUGAGGGCAGCAAACGAGCCUCAUGGAUGAAUCCUGUCUCGCAUGGGAUUCAUGUUAUCAAUGAUGAUAGGUCGGAGAAACUUGGAUCAGACAACUCGGGAUUGGACAGAGUUGUGGUCAGGAGAGAGCAAGUGAAUAAUCUAGAAGUGUGGGUGUUUGGAGUCUUUGAUGCUGAAGUGGGAGAUGGGGUCACUAAAUAUUUGCAAUCUCAGCUGUUUGAUAAGAAGCUCAAAGAGUCUCAUAUUAGAAGGAAGAGUAAAGAGACAAUGAGGAAGGCACAUCUUUAUACAAGAUUGAAGAUGCAUGGAGGAGACAAAGGAAAUAGGAGAUUGAGGAAAGAUGGUUCAGCAUCUGCCAUUGUGAUAAAUGGAGAGAAGGUUGUGAUAGGAAACAUGGGUGACUACAGAGCUGUUGUAUGUAGAGAUGGUUUGGCUAAUCAAAUAAACAAAAAGCACCAACGUGGGUAUUGGAGACAUUGGUCCCUGAGUCUCAUUACGGGUGCCCUUAUGCCAAAGGUGCGCAUAUUGGCAUGCGAAUUGGGAAUUGGAAGUAGUAAGCCUUCUAAAAGCUCUGAACCAGCUGUUGGUGUUGUGAGGAUUGACUCUGAUACAGAGUUCAUCAUCCUGGGAAGCAAUGGCAUAUGGGAGGUAAUGAGGAAUCAGGAAGCUGUAGAUCUCAUCAGGCACAUAGAAAAUGCACAACAAGCUGCUGAAUGGUUGGCAAAAGAGGCUUUAAUGAGAAUGAGCAAAAGCCAAAUUUCAUGUAUAGUUAUUCGUUUUGAUUGAUCUAAACACCAGAGUUCCUUUAUUUGAGCUUAGAAGUAUUCUCAUAAACAAUGCACUGAAUAUUACCCUUAAAGAGAAGAGAAACUAGCUUCUUAAGUUGUUAAAUACAACCCAGGAUCUGCAUACAAAAGAAAGCCUCGUCAGAUUUAUCUGUCUGCAGUUGAUGAAGAGAUAUGACCCAUUAAGCCUAUCUGUCAUAUUCAUUCCACCAAGGGUAUGUGGAAGUUUGGUUUGUCUCCGGCACUAUAAUCCAGCCCGGCUAAGUUUUUACUUGGUGAAUGAAUUAAUAGAACCUAGAAAAUGUUUGGCAGCUUA